AUGCUGGGCUACCUGACGUCCACACAGGCGCUCGCCGACUUUGCCAUCCUCAUCACGAGCCUUAAGCAGAACAUGUCCAUUGUUGACGCCCCCGUCGUCGUCUUCGGCGGCUCUUACGGUGGCAUGUUGGCUUCAUGGUUCAGGUUAAAGUAUCCCCAUGUUGCCAUCGGAGCCCUGGCGUCUUCUGCACCCAUCCUGCACUUCGAUGACAUCACCCCGUGGUCAAGCUUCCAUGAUACCGUCUCACGGGACUUCAAGUCCGAGAGCCUGAAUUGCUUCAGUGUCAUCAAGGCAGUCUGGGAUGUGCUAGAUAACAGGGGAUCCAACGAUACAGGGCUCUUGGAGCUCAGCAAAACCUUCAGGGCCUGCAAGACCGUGCAGUUCAUUUAUUCGCUGAGCAGCUGGCUACAGACAGCGUUCAUCCACACAGCCACGAUGGACUAUCCAACCCCAGCAAAUUUCUUAAUGAAUCUGCCUGCUUACCCAGUCAAGGAGAUGUGCAAGAUCAUUGAUUCUUUUCCUGCGGGAGCAGACGUCAUCGACAAGGCUUUCGCUGCGGCAAGCUUGUACUACAAUUACACAGGCGACAAGAAAUGCUUCCAGGUGGAGGGUGGCGAUGACCCUCAUGGCUUCAAAGGAUGGGGCUGGCAGGCCUGCACAGAGAUGGUCAUGCCAAUGACGGUGUCGAACGAGAGCAUGUUCCGACCAUCCAGCUUCAGUUACGAGAAGAUGUCCGAGAGCUGCCUUGCGGGCUACAGAGUUCGUCCAAGGAUGCACUGGAUCACUUCUGAAUAUGGUGGCCAUAAAAUUGACAAGGUUCUCAAGAGGUUUGGGAGCAACAUCAUCUUCUCCAACGGGAUGCGAGACCCGUGGAGUGGAGGCGGGGUACUCAAGAACAUAUCAUCCAGCAUCAUUGCUCUUGUCACGGAGAAAGGGGCCCAUCAUUUGGACUUGAGAUCUGCAACCAAGGAUGAUCCAGACUGGAUUGUAGAACAAAGGAGACAGGAAACUGAGAUCAUACAUGGAUGGAUAGAUCAGUAUAACAAGGACAUUGCACAGACGUAG